CAGAAAUGUAAUCUUCAAGCCUACACAGUCAACAAUCAAAGAAGCCCUAAUUGAAAAAAGAAAGAGUCAAAUUGGGAAAAGAAUUAUGUGGGGGGGAAAUACAGCAGAUUAUGGUGAAUUCCCUCUGUUUGAUUCGAUUCAACAGUAUCUUCUUGAGGAUCACGAAUUUCAAACGCUAACAAGUGUUCCGCCAUUUAAUUCAUUUCAGGAAAACUCGAGCCUCAAUAGUCUCCUCUUGACUGAUCCAUCAUUCGAUGUUGAUGAUAUAGAUGACAGGAUCAGUUGCAGUUUUAGCAGUACUGAUUUACUAGAUGAGUGGAUUAACCCGUCGGAUCAGUUAGAUUCCACGGGUAAUAUUAAAGCAGAGAUCCCUGAUGAGGUUGCUAGUACUUUAGAAGAUGCGGUUACUAGUCCAAAUGCUGAGACAGCGGGUAAGAAGAACGCGCCGUCUAAAGGAUGGCAAUAUAGAGGUGUGAGGAGGAGGCCGUGGGGGAAGUACGCGGCGGAGAUUAGAGAUCCAAAAAAGAAUGGAGCGAGGGUUUGGCUUGGAACUUACGAGACACCGGAGGAUGCAGCUCUAGCGUAUGAUCAGGCGGCUUUUAAGAUGCGUGGCUGUAAAGCUAAGCUUAAUUUUCCUCAUCUCAUUGGAUCUAGUGAUUAUCAGCCUCCCGUUAGAGUAAGCCCUAAGCGACGGUCACUGGAUCCUACAACAUUGCUGAUUAACCAUGACUCGCCUAAAAGGAGAAGAUGAAGAGUUUAUGGCUGGAGUCUUUUUCUUUUUCCUUUUUUUUUUUUUUUUUUUGAACUUGUCGCUGCUAAAUUAAUUAAUAAUUCAACUCUAGAAAAAUAAAAGAUCUGAUCUAGCUACCAAUAUUUAACAUUUGAUGUUUACACAGAGGAAAUGAAAUUCAAGAACAAGAAAAUGGGAAAGACUUAACAAAAGAGGGCAGCAUAAUCAUAGUAAAAUGUUACUCUAAAUGUAAAAAUGUUUUUCAUUAUAUAAAAUA